ACGUGCGUGACAAUGUAAUUUUGUACCAUUUUUUAUAAUAAUUUUACAUACAUAUACAUUUAAUAAAAAAAACCCUUUACAAAAUACGAAAAUAACCCAGCUACAAUCCAUAAGCUUUAUAUCAAAACAUUAUCAAUAGCCUUACAAACAAUGGAUCCAGGCAAAUGUACUUUCGGUAUCCGAAUGCCAAUUAAUAUAACCAUGUUGAACCAGAUCAUAUACAGGGAAAUAAAACAUUUUCGCAAUUAUAAGAUUUAUAGACCUAACUUUAAAGCAACCCCAAUAACAUCCAAGUUCUACGCAAAACACGAACAGAUAGCGGAAGUGUCUGAGGAGCUGGCCGAGAAAGAAAACAAUUACUGCAUAAAUGUGGGCAAAUACAGAGCUAAGGGGCCGCGCAGUAACUACCCCUCGCCAGUUACUGAUAAUCAGACAUACGGAUGGUUCAGCGAUCCUCUUCUCAAGAUAGAUCGUAAUGAUAAUCGGCUCUACCACCCGCUCAGAGAGAGUUCUCACACAAAGACUGAAAUGCAGAUACACAGGUUCAAUCCUAGGAAACGACAGACAAAAUGAUCAAGUAUUUUGUUAAUACUCUACGCUUGAGUUGGCAUCGCAGAAUUGUCUGUGACGUGCCGAUACAAGCGCUAUAUACUAUGGCAAUUUAGUUUGGUUAAAAAAAAUAUAUUUUUAAAGAUGUC